GUUAAGUUUCAUUUUGUAAAAAUAUAUCUUACCUGUUUUGCAAAAUUGACACUUUUCCAUUUGUUCAGCCGCCAUACUGCAUACAUUAUGAUUUUGUGAAAGGUUUGUUUGAUUGAAAAGGAUAACAGACUGUCGCAUAAUACAUAUAAGCGCUCAAGAUGGGAAGUCCUGGUCAAUGCACCAGUAUUUUAGAGUUUUUGCAUCAGCAUGAAGGGGAGCAGAUUGCAAGCGAAGUGUAUUUCAAGUGGAAGGACAUGCUUCCAGACACCGGGUUCGAUGAACAAUUUCGCACAUCAUAUGACCGAUGGUUCCAGUUCUGUUAUAGGAAUGAUCUGAAUAAAUUCAGUAAUGGGAUGGUUGCUCAGGAGAAAACUCGCAUGUUCGACGAGCUGAAAAAAAUGUUGAAUCACGAACAAAAACUGUAUUUGCAGUACAUAGAGAACAAGUUUGGAGGAGGCGAGGGGGUUGUCGACGCAGCCUUUAGGUGCUUGUGGAGAGAGGAGCAGAUGCUGAUACCAUACAUCCAGUCAGUUCUUGAUGAUGCUAGCUCGAUCAAUCGACAGGAACAUGUCGAGAAAAAAGUUCGUGACAGUUAUGAAACGUGUCUUGCCAAUUAUGAGAAAUUGAAAACAGUGUUGGCUGCAACCUUAGCUUGGACAGAGGAGGAAACACAAAACUCAAUAACAGCAGCGGGCUAUAAAAAUAAAAUCGAAGGCUUAAGCCAAAGGCUGCCACACAUUGAAAACAAAGGCCUCGCAGAACAAUUGGUUAAACGACUUCAGGAAAAAUGUAAUGAACUGGAAUCUGCUAACCAGAAAUUACGGGAUCAGAUAUCUCUCAAACAACAGGAGUCACUGCAGCUAUUUGACGUUUUACUGCAAUCAUUGAUUGAUAACAAUGGUCAAAUUCUUGACGCCGUUACUGGGUGGCGAAAUCAGUUCAAAAUGUUCUACGCAGAAGUUGGCUCGAAACCCGACAUUGAAAAGAUCGCAAAAUGCUGUGCUGAAACUGCCAAGUUGCUUUAUGACAUAAAACAAGACGGUUUAGCAGAAUUAACACAUCCUUUGUCUGAAGAGAAUUGUCAAAUUAAGACGAAAUUGGACGAUCUGUUGUUGGAGUUAUUCGGAGGAACGUUUAUAGUGGUUGAACAAGAUAACUACGUCAUUAAGAAAGAAUCGCAAAAUCUGAAAAUAAUUGUCAGAGUGCUAGCGGCCGAUCAGGUGGAGCACAUGCUUGAUGGUCACAUUCAGGCUUUCCUGUUUCAUGAAGAGAGCCUUAAUCAGUGCUGUGAAAAAAUCAACGACACCAAGUGGUUAUUGAACGUCGAUCGAGUUGAACACAAGAGCCUAAAACUUGUUACGAAGAAGAAAGGUAAUGCAAAAGGUGCAGAGUCAAGGUUUAUAAGGAAUAAGAAGACAAAGUACCUCGAAGGAGAAUUCAGUGGGCUGCAAGUUGAGAAAUUUGACAGAGCUGGUUUACAGAGGCAGGUCCACGAAGAACGAUACAAAAUUGUUUUUAUGACGAACGUAGGGCAGGUUAAAUUGUGGACUUUGUCGUUGCCUUUAGUGAUGAUAACUGGUUCAAAUCAACAGUGCCAUAGUCUGGCUUCCGUCAUGUGGGCGUGUUACAGCACAAAUGUCUAUACACUGCCCUCAGUCGUUCCUACCGAGAUGACAUUAAGGGACAUUGUCGACUGUAUGCUGGACGCCAAAAUCCGCAAACUAUGUCCGUCACGUGGUCUUUCCGAUGACAGCAAAGAACACCUUAAAAGGCGUCUGAUUGGAUCUGGCAACUUCACGGAUGAAAGUCAAGUCAGUCUGCAACAAUUCUGUUUUGACAAGAUGUUUAAUACAUCAGACUCCCAACCAUUAACGUUCUCGUUUUGGGAAUGGUUUGUCGCCUGCUACAACCUCAUUGAGAAAUAUCUCCUUCCGUAUUGGGAAAGAGGUUGGAUCUUUGGAUUUAUAAGUAAGACGACUGCAGCAGAAAGACUGCAGGCAGAAGAGCGCUGCCGCGAUGGUCUAUUUAUUUUACGAUUUUCGGACAGCAUCAUCGUUCCUAGCCAAGGAGUUAAGAGCAUGUUUGGCCAUCUGACGGUCUGUUUUACUUAUGAGAAAGUAACUCCAGGUGGAGAAACAAAACGGGGCAUUUUCCCGGAUGGAAACGUUGCAGAUUACAAGGAAUUGGACAGGAAUUGCCUGGCCAACAUACUGUCGGAAACGUUGAGGAAACAGGAACAGGGGUCAACGCAUUGCUAUCGUUACGUAUAUCCGUCCUUAGAACGACGUGAAGACACUUUCGAUAAAUUUUUAGAGUCCAAACCUGUUGUAGCCAAUUACCAAGGUGUACAACAAAUGUGGCUGAUAGACAUUGAACAAAUGUUGAGCGAGGAAACAGUUCUUAGAAAGCGUACUGCGUCGACAGUAACAAAGUCAACAAAAAGGCGAUCAGUUGCAAAAAGGACAGACAGCUCCCGUACCAAGUCUGCUGAUUCAAGCACGUCUUGUAUUGGAAACAAAUCCUCUUGUAUAAAUGCAACGCCACCUGUCUUGGAAGAAACCUCUGUUCAGCAAAAACCGGCACCUGCUAUCCCUUUUCUCCCGGAGUUCACAGGAACACUCGAUAACAGUUCUCUGGAUUGUAGUGGUGAAUGGCAAAGUGAGGAAUACGGUGUUGUACCUACUGCAGAAAACUAUCAUCAACUGACUGACAGCCCCAUAUUUCCCCAGCAUGACUGUUUGGAUAAACCGGAUGUUUCUCAAGGCAUUGAAGUUAUGACUCAUGGACAAGUUACAGGCGCGAACAGCAACGAUAUCGACACGUAUGGCAUAGCGGACGACCAGGAUACAGACUUUAAUUAUCUUGAAAUACCAGAACAACAUUUGACAUUAUUGAAUAUCUUAGAAGAUGAACUAGCUUAAUUUAGGUUGUUUCUGUUAGGGCCGUCGAUGUAAGUUUUCUUGUAUAUGUAUCUGAUCUUGUCAAUUUUGAAAAUUUAAUGAGAUUACAGUAUGUAAUGUCUGUGGGACAGGGUGUACUUUAGAUAAAAUGCAUUUUUAUGCCCCCACCCCCUAAGUGGGGGCAAAUUGAUUUGCUGGAUGUCGGUUGGUCUGUGUGUCUGUCUGUCGGUAGAUCAGUUCGUUUCCAAUAAAUAACUCGUCAACCAAUUAACCGAUUGGCUUCAUACUUCACAUGUACAUUGGCAUUGGACAGUAGAUGACUCCUAUUGAAAUUGAAAGGUCAAAGUUCUAGGUCAUUGUCACAAUAAGUAUGAAAAUAGUUUCUGAUUAAUAACAUAUCAACGAAUUGACCGAUUGGCAUGAUACUACACAUUUGCAUUUACCUUGGACAGUAGAUAACCUCUAUUGAAGUUGGGGUCACUUGGUCACUUGGUCAAAAGGUCAAGGUCAAUGUCACAAUAAGUGUGAAAAUUGUUUCCGAUUAAUAACUCAUCAACGAAUUGACCGAUUUGCAUGAUACUUCCCAUGUUUAUUGGCCUUGGACAGUAGAUGACCCCUAUUGAAAUUGGGGUCACAAGGUCAAAGCUCUGUUACCAUAGAAAAUGAAUAAAACGUUCUUUCUAUCUGCCCUUUGUUUGAACUUUUAAUGUUCGAGUUUUUAAUACCAACUUGCUUAAUCGAAUUCGAAUGGCCCACGAAGGUUGACACUAGAGAAGAGAAUAUUGGUUCUUCUUCUAAGUUCAUAUACAAGGUUAUGAUGAUAAGAAAUUGUUAUCGACGGAUAUGCAAAUGGAACCUAAAGAAUGAUUAUUCCAUUAAAAGCGGAAAUUUCAUAUAUAUGUAUGUUUGUUUAUUACCACUUGAUAUUUAAUGAAUGUGGUGCGUUCUUCAUGGCAGUGCUUGAAAUUAAUUAAUAUCUUGCUUUAGUGUGUAUGUAAAUGAGUUAUUUGCGUCAUAUAUACAUAUAUAUAGGCCGAAACGAUUUUGUAUGAUAUGUUUGUACUUCUCUCGAUUUAUCAAAUGUGUAUCGUACUGUAAUUUAUUUUUUCUAAGUAAAUGUGAAAGCUCUCCGUACUCUCGGAUCAAAAAAUGCUUUGUAUUAUAAAUUCUAUAUAUAUUUACCAGCAUAUACUUUAACGACGUUGAAUGCUUUAGCAGUAUUUUCGUGAUGUGGCUUUAUUUUGACAAAAAUGAUGUUAUGUUUUAACUAGUAUGUAAUUUAUUCAAGAAAUAUGUGUUGUUGAAUUAUUUGUUUCAAUAUAAUGUACAAUGUGUGCUUUGCAGAUUGUGUGGUCUAAAUUACUUCAAUUAUUAUG